AUGAAGAUCAUUUUAGCACUCGCUGUUAUACAACUUUUCCAGAUAAAGGUAACGACAGGCGUGGCUUCGUUGACCUAUCAAUGUAGGUAUGACAGUGGCACGGGAAGAAAAACAAUCUACAUCGACUUGAAAAAAGGUGGAGACACAAUCGGAGCAGCGUAUGCAGAUGGUAAAUUUACGACGUGUAGAUUGGUAGACGCUGGAGCGGAUGCUUUUGAACUGAGUAUAGAUGUCACAGCUGGCUCUUCAUCACCAGAUUACACUGGUUGUGGACUAGCAACGGGUACAACUGGUAGCUAUAAGGUGUCCAUCGUUACACAGUCGAACGAGCCCUCUGAAGGCAUCCUAACUGCUGCUGACAAGAUAUAUGCGGACGUCGGUGAUCAUGCUAAUUGUGAUUUCGCGACACUCGUAGCUGAUAACGUCCCGGCGUCCAUAUCCGCAACUGCAAUCUCUGCAAAUUUACCUGCUGGAACUCAAGCCUCUGAAGCACUGCCAGCCGUCACAUUGGAAAUUUACGACUAUGUUGCCGCAACAACCACCGAUACUUUAAUCAGUAGUGGUGCAAUAGAUUUUUCAACUAACUUGGAAAUUAAAAUAAAGAUGAAAUUAGCAGAUGACACAAAAUUGAUGAAGGGUAUCAAAGUGACUGAAUGCUGGGCAUACGCAGCAUCAUAUCUGACACAAACUGUGACACCAAUCCAGCUGACAAACAUGGAUGGCUGUUCUGAACAUAAUGUAAUGAACAAAGGGGCUGCCAGGGGAAAGUUCGAAAAGGAUGCAUUAUUAACUGCUACACCCGUCUACUAUGCCACUUCCACUGAAUUCGCCCCGUUCCGCUUUGCCGAUACAGAGGAUCUCACUCUGCAAUGUUUCUGGGUACCUUGUUAUGCCGCAAAUCUGACAUCAUGUGACAACGCUGGAAGCAACUGCCCCGCCAAGAGAAGAAAGAGGAACAUUAUUGAUGGCGCUUCUCCAGGAGAACGAUAUGUAACCAAAACAUUCCAUGUGAUGACUGGGUCGGAAUCCUCAGGCGAUGACAUGGGGACAAAUGCAGCCAACAAUGGUUCAUUGGGAAGCGCCUCUGGGUCAUGCUUACAUAGUAUGGAGUUUUUGCUAGUUUCGAUUGUUCUGGCAGUCCUGCUACUCCUUGCUAUAGGUGUCGCCAUGUGCGCAGUGUUUCGGCUCAGACAGAGUAACCAGGAGACAUACAGACAGGAGAAUAUACAUGGCUAUGACAACCGCUCCCAUUAUUCUGAAUCCAAGAGGAUGCCGUAA